UUUGUGGGUUUGCCACAAGCAAAUUAUUUAGUCGUUAUUAAAUUAUUAAGCAGUUACAAGCGAAUUGUUUUAAGUGGAAUCCCAAAAAAAAUAUUAAAGUGGAAAUUUACUUGUAUUUGAAAGAUGUAUCUGUAUGAGCCUGUUACCAAAUACACCUUUACCACAGUUGAAGAAUUCCAAGAAGCCUUCAACUUGUUUGACAAUCGUGGCGAUGGCAAAAUUCAUGUUGGCCAGGUGGGUGAGUGUUUAAGAGCCUUGGGUCAAAACCCCACCGAAUCGGAUGUCAAAAAGUGCACACAUCAAUUGAAACCCGAUGAGCGUAUAUCCUUCGAAGUGUUUUUGCCCAUAUACCAGGCUAUUUCCAAGGCAAGAUCUGGUGAUACAGCCGAUGAUUUCAUCGAAGGUUUGCGUCACUUCGACAAAGAUGCCAGCGGUUUUAUAUCCUGCGCCGAAUUGAGACAUUUGCUUACCACCCUGGGCGAGAAGCUGACCGAUGAAGAAGUUGAACAGUUGUUGGCCAACCAAGAGGAUUCCCAAGGCAAUGUUAAUUACGAAGAAUUUGUGCGCUUGGUAAUGAAUGGUUAGAUGUAUGAAUGAAUGAAUGGCGAGCAGUUAAUUGAAAGCUGACGGCAAGGCUGCCAAAAAUAUUAAUUAUGUACUUUAAACAAUUAAAAAAAAAACCGCCACACCCUAAACAUACCAAUUUUUUACAUAUAUACAUAGAAUUUUUUAAUAACACUUAA